AUGACGUCAAAGGAAGCGGUCUUGGCUCUUCAGCUCACGUGUCGAGGUGAUGCUGGACGUGAGAAUAUUCUACAAGAUUGGGUGACGUUUCUAGAAGGUCGACAGGAGGUGUCUCGCCUUCAAAACCUGCCGAAAAGUCCAUCAGGGGCUGCUAUUGAUUGGUUGAAAUUGUAUGAAGAAGUGGUGGCACGUGGAGGUUUUACGAUUGUCUCUCAACGUCAACAAUGGACCGAGAUUCUUAGACAUGGUGGAUUGAAUAUCAAAGGAAUGAUGCCGUAUCAAUUAGCAGCUCAUUAUGACCAUAUUUUACGUCCAUUUGAGGAAAAACAGCUCUUUGGACGAGAUCUCCCGAUGACGAUGAGUGUUUUACCUGCUAAACGUCGAGCUCAAGAGGAGACAGGAGAGAUGGAAGCCCCAUUGGCUACUAUACAAGAUCUACAAGAUGCACAGAGCGGUGUGAGUGGAACUCCAUUGCCACGAGCUAGUAAGAGAUUCAAGACACAGAGAGAACUUCAGACUCACCUUGGUACACUGCACAAUAUUGUGCUGGCUCUGGACUCGGAGAUCCCAGAGCAAGUGAUGUCAGCGUUGAAUUUAUUGACAAUUCUGUCAUAUGGAGACGCUUCAGGAGGAGGUGCUGCACAGCAGCAGCAGAAUGCUGCUGUGUUGUCGACUGCAACGGUUAAUGCAAACGCUACGGCACGUGAGAAUGAGUUGCUGGUGGAUAAUGUUCCUGGAUUACUAGAUGCACUGUAUCGGCAGUUAGUGCUUUGCAAGUUACUGCCCGAUGAAAAGGUGGUGGAAAAAGAACAAGAGACACGCAGAAGGUUGCUGAAUUUGAGAGUUGAUGACGGUGAACGGGAAUUAUUGGACUCGACUGCUCUAAUGGUGCUGAAUAUCCUGCGCAAUUUGGCUAUUGUCGGCGCAAAUGAAAAGCCUAUUGCUGCGCACGAUGAAUUGUCCGUGUUUCUUAUUAUGGCGCUGCGUUACGUGAAUAAUAGCGACGCGCGCAAUUUCCGCGGAGGACGAUCUCGAGCUGCCGUAAAUAUUGGCGACCAUGUGCUCGACACUUUGUGCGCCAUAUCAAAGCGCAUUGAUUUCCUAGCACUUCAUCCGCCUGUUUCGCUUGAAAUAUGGCACCCACAGUACCAGUUGAGUUCGCAGCUGUGGAAGAAAGAACGUGUGCUCCCGCUUGAAUGUCUUCUCCGUGAGCUACGCCGUAUCCUAGUCGGUCGCGAACUCCAGCAGCAGCGUCGGUCAGUGGUACUACGUGCGUGCGAACUGCUUACUAACGGUGCUCGCGACAGAGAAUUUCUUCCCCGGGGGCCAAAGCACAAAAGGCAGCAGCAGCCAGCACACGGAUUUCCGACGGAGGCAGACUAUGAAAUGGAUGCGGAAGACUCUGACGAUGAAGACGAUGAGACGGACGGAGAUGACAACAGUAGGUGGCCGGCACCAUGGGAGAAUGACGGACUGCCGUCAGGUGUCGGCAUGGGCGUGGUGUACGUAAGCCCCGAAGGCGUUCGCCACACGACUUCGUCGACUCAUGCAGUAGCGUUUGACGAUGUUGCAAGCCAACUGGAUCAUGAAAUGCGUGAUGCCGCACUGGAGGUGCUAUUCCGUUUGUCAGACUACGACGAUGCUACCAAGCUACGAAUGGCACAACACCCAACAUGCAUGCGGCGACUAGCAGGAUCGCUCCUCUCGUGUAUCGGAAGGCCUGAAGCUGCUCGUAUCACAGUCGCAACGCUGUGUAACAUUUCGAUGAAUCGCACGACGUUUCCAUACUUCUUACCGAUCGAAAAGGACCUGAUCCUUGUGGCCUGUUCCGACGUCAGCGUUUCCGACAUUCUUAACAACGUCGUCGCUGACGUUUACGGUAUGCACUCUCUGUAA